AUGAUUUCAUUUAUUAAAAACAUUAUCUAUUUCUGGAUCUUAUUUUUGCAAUUUUUGCCAGCUUAUUCCGAAGUAUUGCCUCAACAUCAUGCACCCGAGUUUCCAUUGUUUAAUCUAAGCUCUUGGAAACCAUCAACAAAACUCGACUUUAUCGAUGAAGGAAUCGCUCCACCAGAUGCUAAUUCAAACUCAUCAACCCGUCCUGAUGAGUUUUUGGCAAACGAGGCAAGUCGAGAGUUUAAAAGCGAGGUGUGGAUAGUUGUUGUCCUUUGUAUGCUUCUUUGCUUGGCCAUGCGACAUGCAAACGACUUUUAUUCGGGUGAAGCGACCACUUUGGUUCCAGAAGGCUACUCGUUGGGUCGAUUCAAACACAGAGGAGUCGAAGAAAAGAAAAAAUAUGAAUCUCGUGUUGAACGAGAUUUCAAACAAAUGGAAAAGAAAAUUCUCAAAGGAGAAGCUGAAGCGAAAACGAGACGAUUGAUGAAAAAUCGAGUAUCAACUGACACAGAAAUACUAGCUGAAAUU